ACAAGUAGCUGCGCUUCCGCUGGGAGAUCUUGUUCUGACCAACAAGACGAGCGAAAAGAACCUCCCUCAUCUCGUUGUCCCACACAACUGACUACAUCGCAGUAGCCCAAUUUUGAUCCAUUCCAAGCACUCAGAUAUACACAAACAUACUGAAACGCCAAAACAAACUGCGGCAAUGGCCACCGCGACCAUCACUGCUCCUCCUCCCGUAGACCCCGAGUAUCCCCAUUCGCUCACCAUAUCUCUCCCCCUCCCUUCUCAUCAUCUUGCUGAUACAAUUCAACGGGCUCUCAGCGUGGACCGGGAGAUAUCUUCAUUCGUCCAAAGAACUUACACCUCCACACCGGAUUCUCCAAUCCUGCAAAUCCACUACAAAGCGACGACCGCACGAAUGCUCCGAGUAGCCACGAAUGGCAUGUUUGAAAGCCUGGGAACCGUACUUAGGGUGUGCGAAGAGUUAGACGUGGACACUCUAGAGAAGGAAUUGGGAGAAUAGACAAUAACAAGUUUUUCUAUUCUGG